GCCUGAGAAGCGAAGGGAGGAAGAUGUGGCCAUGAAGGGCUCAGGCCUCCCGCCGCCGCCGCACGCCAUGAGCCUGGGCGCCGUGCUGGCCCGCCCCGCUCCGGCCCUCGGCGCCCGGCCCCUCCACCACCACCACCACCACCACCACCACCACCUCCUCCUCCUCGUCGCCGUCCUCUUCGUCACCGUCCUCCUCGGGUCCCGACAUGGACAAGAGCGGCGGCCCCUCGUCCUCGUCGUCGUCGUCGUCGUCGUCCUCCGCCCCCGGAAAAGGCCCGCAGUCGCAGCCGCCGCCGCCGCCCCCGCCGUGGGCCCCCACCCCCCGCUCCGCCUCGGCCGGGCCUGCCGCAGACUCUAAGCCCAAGGCCGAUGGAAAGAAUGCGAGCGGAGGCAAGCGUUAUAACCGGAAACGAGAGACUUCCUAUCCCAAAAAUGAAAACUUUUCCAGCCAGUCCCGUCGCUCCAACUCACAGAAAAGCAAAGCUUUUAACAAGACGCCCCCUCAGAGGGGCGGCGGCGGCGGCGGCGGCGGCAAACUCUUUAGCUCUUCUUCUAAUGGUGGAAGACGAGAUGAGGUAGCAGAGGCUCAGCGGGCAGAGUUCAGCCCUGCCCAGUUCUCUGGCCCUAAGAAGAUAAACCUGAACCACUUAUUGAACUUCACCUUCGAGCCCCGCGGCCACGGCGGUCACUCCGACGGCAGCGGGGGACACGGCAACUGGGGGAAAAGAAACAAAUGGGGCCACAAACCCUUCAAUAAGGAGCUCUUCCUCCAAGCCAACUGCCAGUUUGUGGUUUCUGCAGACCAGGACUACACCGUUCACUUUGCCGAUCCGGAUACUUUAGUCAACUGGGACUUUGUGGAGCAAGUGCGCAUCUGUAGCCACGAAGUGCCGUCCUGCCCAAUAUGCCUGUACCCGCCGACGGCGGCGAAGAUCACGCGCUGCGGGCAUAUCUUCUGCUGGGCGUGCCUCCUUCACUACCUGUCUCUGAGCGACAGGACCUGGAGUAAAUGCCCCAUCUGUUACAGUUCCGUCCACAAGAAAGACCUGAAGAGCGUCGUCGCAACCGAGUCGCGCCAGUACGCCGUCGGCGACACCAUCACGAUGCAGCUCAUGAGGCGGGAGAAGGGGGUCUCGGUCGCGCUGCCCAAAUCCAAGUGGAGGAACGUAGAGCGGCCCAUUCACCUGGGAGAUGAGCAGCACAGCCAGUUCUCCAAGCUUCUGCUGGCUUCUAAGGAGCAGGUCCUGCAGCGAGUGGUGUUGGAGGAGAAGGCCGCAUUACAGCAGCAGCUGGAGGAAGAGCGGCACACCCCCGAGGCCUGCUUCAUCGAGGCGGCCAUCCAGGAGCUCAAGGAUCGAGAGGAGGCUUUAUCCGGGUUGGAAGAAGCUGGAGGAGGCGGGGUUAGCGGCGUGGUCACAGCUUUAGAGGCUCUGGUUCUGCUCGAAGCUGACAAGGAGACCGUGGUCCAGCCGGACAAGGGCGUGCUGGAGUAUCUGUCCGCCUUUGACGAAGUAACCGCAGAGGUUUGUCCCGGGGGCCCGGCCACCUCCCCUCCCCGCCUUUCUCCUCCCCCUCCCGCUCCCCCGCCGGCGGAGGACGACGAGCCGGCCGCCGAAGCGGGUCCGGCGGCGACGUCGGCGGCGGGCGGCUCGGACGUCGCCGGUGGAAGUGCCGGGGAAGGGACCGGUUGCCUGGAGACCACCGGGCAGGAGCCGAAAGCCGGGAGCCAGGGCCUCCAGGACCCGGGAACCUCUCCCUGUUACUACUUCUAUCAAGCGGAGGACGGGCAGUACAUGUUCCUGCACCCCGUGAACGUGCGUUGUCUCGUGCGGCAGUACGGCAGCCUGGAGCAGAGCCCGGAAAAGAUCACCGCCACUGUGGUGGAGGUAGCCGGCUACUCCAUGAACGAGGAUGUCCGGCAGCGCCAUCGCUACCUCUGUCACCUGCCGCUCACCUGUGAGUUCAGCAUCUGUGAACUGGCCCUGCAGCCGCCGGUGGUGUCCCGGGAAACGCUGGAGAUCUUCUCCGAUGACAUCGAGAAGAGGAAGCGGCUGCGGCAGAAGAAGGCUCGCGACGAGCGGCGGCGGGAGCGCAGGAUCGAGAUGGAGGAGAACAAGAAGCAGGGCAAGUACCCAGAAGUCCAUAUCGCCCUGGAGAACCUGCAGCAGUUUCCCGCCUUCAGCUCCUGCCCGGCAGACUCGACUUCUGUUCCCACCAGCACCGAAGGCCAGGGUUCCUUCUCCCAGUCUCCUCUCAGCAAAAGCCCUGGCUCUCAAACAGACUGUCACCCGCCUCCUGGGUCCCCUGCCGCCAGAACCGGCAGCCCACCGUUCUCUGUCGGCAGCCUGGAAGAAGAGUCUCCUUUCCCGUCCUUUGCCCAGAUGCUGAGGGUUGGAAAGGCGAAAGCGGACCUGUGGCCCAAAGCUGCCCCGAAGAAAGACGAGAACUGCCUUGCCCCUCCCGGCGCCGUGGACAGCGACGGCGAGAGCGACAGCUCGGACCGGGUGCCCGUGCCCAGCUUCCAGAACUCCUUCAGCCAGGCGAUCGAGGCGGCCUUCCUCAGACUGGACACCCCGGCCCCCGGACGGCCCCUCCCCGACGAGAAAGGCGGCAAGAAGAGGAAGAAACAGAAGAAGAAACUGCUGUUCAGCACCUCAGUGGUCCACACCAAGUGACUCUGCUGGCCCCAGAAACUUCCCCUCUCCCGGUUUUUCUUUCCCUUUUGCUUUGUUUUUGCUGCUAGAGUUUUUAAGUACUGGAGUCUGAGCAGAUGAGCUCUGG